AUGUCUUCACCUCAAUCUCCCUCUGGUUCCCCAACCAUGUCUGAUUCCACCACACCGCUUCUCCGCUCUCGACAAUCUUCUCCUCGCCGUCCUCCUGUAAUCGCUGUCCUGUUAGGUCGAGCUACUGGUCAACGAGGAGCUUCGAUGUUGGUUAGAGAGACUGCUGCUCAGGAGCUUGAAGAGAGAAGAGCCGAUUGGGGUUAUUCGAAACCUGUCGUUGCUUUGGAUAUGCUUUGGAACACAGCUUUUGUGGUUGCUGCUAUUGUGAUGCUUUUACUUUCUAAAGAUGAGAACCCAAAUGUUCCGAUUAGGAUUUGGAUCUGUGGUUAUGCGCUUCAGUGUCUGGUUCAUGUGGUUCUUGUGUGGGUUGAGUUUAGGAAGAGGAACCGGCGAGGUGUGGAUUUGGAAGCUGCUCAAGGCUCUGGCUCUGGAAAUGGACGUAGUCAUGAUAGUGAGGAUGAGGAUGGUGAUGAUAGAUAUCUCAGCACUAAGACUUGCGAAUCAAUGAACACCAUAAUAUCCUUUAUCUGGUGGAUCGCUGGCUUCUACUGGCUUGUAUCUGGUGGUGAGAUCCUUCUGCAAAAUGCUUCACAUUUGUACUGGUUGACCUUUGUUUUCUUGGCAUUUGAUGUGUUCUUUGCCAUCUUUUGCGUUGUGCUGGCAUGUCUUAUCGGAAUCGCCCUCUGUUGCUGCCUCCCUUGUAUUAUUGCUCUUCUUUACGCUGUUGCUGGGCAGGAGGGUGCAUCAGAAGCAGAUCUCAGCAUCCUUCCGAAGUACAAGUUUCAGAUGAUGAACAAUGGUGAAAAGCAAGGCGACAACGCUGGCGGGAAAAUGAUACCCGUCGAGGCAGGCACUGACUCUUUGGGAAAUGAACAUGUGCUUCUUCCCGAAGAUGCUGACUGUUGUGUAUGUCUCUGUUCAUAUGAAGAUGGAGCAGAACUGGUCGCACUUCCUUGCAACCACCACUUUCAUUCAACUUGCAUAGUUAAGUGGCUGAAAAUAAACGCGACAUGUCCACUGUGCAAGUUCAAUAUUGUCAAAGGUAACGAACAGGAAUGA